GGCUGAGAGGGUCACAGAUAUGGCGGCCGUCAGGAUUGGAAAGCUGACAGUCAUGCCUACAGGUCUGAUCUAUGCAUCUAUAAGUGUAUACAUGACCAGAGAAGAGGAAUCCAAAAAGCAGCUGUUGAAACUGGAGCAGCUCCCUAUAUAUACUGCACCACCUCUUCAGUGUAAAUAUGUUGAAGAGCAGCCUGGUUGUUUACAAAUGGGCUUUGCCUCCAUCCGCAUGACAACUGGUCAUUAUGUUACUUGGUGCAAGGGCAUUUGUGUUUUUGUGAAAAAUGGGAUAAUGGCUACAAUGCAAUUUGGAAGAGACGCAUAUGUGUAUCUGAAGAAUCCUUCUCAAGAUUUUCUUCCAAAAAUGGGAGUGAUUACAAUGUUUGGAUUGGUGGGCUUGCUUUCAUCAAGUAAAGGUUCUAAGUAUAAGAAAAUUACUUAUCCUCUAGGACUGACUGCUUUAGGAGCAACUGUUUGCUACCCAGUUCAGUCAGUAAUAAUUGCUAAGGUAAUUGGGAUAAGGGCAUAUGCUACAAGCCAUCAAAUUUAUGAAGCAGUUAAAUCAUUGUGGACAGAAAGCAACAAAAAAGAGUCACUUCCUGAACGUAAAGAAAAAACUAAGGUGGGAAGCUCUGCUGCAAUAGAAAUACCUGCAAAAACAACUCACAUUGUGAAAUACUCAGUAACUUUGCCGUCAGAACUCAGCUCCAAAACAAAGAUCAAAUCAGAAUCCACCUCAGGUACUACACAGUUUAUGCCUGACCCCAAGCUCAUGGAUCAUGGGCAGUCCCACCCAGAAGAUACAGAUAUGUAUAGCACUAGAAGCUGAAGAAGACUGCACAGACUGCAUAGAAACCACAAGAGGUGUGAAGUUGCAAAUAAUGAUUAAAAAAUUCAUGUAAUGGGUAAUGGGACACAUAGAGUAUAACUUAAAUCAAGUUUUUCCCAUACAUCUUCAAAUGUACUAUUUGAUGAACCACAUAGAUGAUUAAAACACACUGAAUGAAAUCCAAAUCAUAUUAAAUGAUUGAUUGGGAGACACAGGUAAAAGUAUUAGGUUGCAUGUGAUGACUUUUAAGGGAGUUUAUUAAAAAAAAACACGAAGAUAACUAAUGAGACUAAAAUCUGAAACACAUGUGUGUGAAUACACAUAUAUACAUGCUUAUAUGUAUACACAUAUAUAUCUGCUACAGCUUUUCUGAAUUAAUGUCAGUUAAAUUAGAAUGGCAUGUGGCAGGAUGUGUUCCCCACUUUUUGUUCAUUUGAUGGAGCUGGAAUAAAAUACCCAUAUUAUGUGGCA